AGUCUGUUCCACGUUUGAUCCCAGAACAAAGGUUAGUAUUUGACAAUGUUUUCAAAAAAAUCGAAGAUGGCGAAGGUGGUUUGUUAUUUUUGGAUGCUCCCGGAGGCACGGGAAAAACCUUUCUUUUAAACUUGCUUUUAGCGCAAAUCCGAAAAGAUAAAGGAAUUGCUGUAGCAGUUGCCUCUUCCGGAAUAGCCGCCACUCUGCUCAAUGGUGGUCGAACGGCACAUUCGGUGCUUAAACUGCCAUUAAACUUAGCCCAUGAAGAAAUGCCAGUCUGUAAUAUAAGUAAAAACAGCGAGCGUGGACGUAUGUUGCAGCAAUGUAAAUUAUUAGUUUGGGAUGAGUGUACUAUGUCCCAUAAAAGAGCAAUUGAAGCUCUAGAUCGGACUUUGAAAGACAUCAAGAGUAAUCCAAAUAUCAUGGGUGGAUGGUGGUACUUUUAGCGGGCGAUUUUAGACAGACUUUGCCGGUUAUCACUAAAGGCACCCCUGCAGAUGAAAUAAAUGCGUGUUUAAAAGCGUCAACGUUAUGGGUGCACGUAAAAACGUUUAGUCUGUCUACAAAUAUGAGAGUGCAACUACACAAUGAUGUACAUUCUGGACAAUAUGCUGCUGCUCUUCUUAAAAUUGGAGAAGAUCGUAUGGCAAAGGAUGGUAAUGGCAUGAUUACAUUGGAUCGUGAAUUCUGCAAUGUUGUGCAUAAUCCAGAUGAUCUAAAUAACUUCGUCUAUAGCGAACUGCUAACUAAUAUGAGGAAUAGAGACUGGUUAUGUGAAAGAGCAAUUUUAGCGCCGACGAAUGAAAUGGUGGGACAGAUAAACGAGCAAAUUAUGUCACGCGUGGAAGGUGAUAUUGUUGAGUUUCUCUCUGUAGACACUGUAAUGGAUAAUGAACAAGUAACAUCAUACCCUGUAGAAUUUCUUAAUUCUUUAGAACUGUCGGGAGUACCUUCACACAAACUGAGGCUGAAAGUAGGCGUUCCUGUCCUUUUAAUGCGGAAUUUAGAUGCACCAACACUGUGUAAUGGCACACGGUUGCAAGUGACACACCUCGGUCGCAAUAUUGUAAAAGCAAUCAUUAUGACUGGAAUGGCAAAAGGAGAGAACGUUUUAAUCCCCCGUAUACCCAUAAUUCCGACAGAUUUGCCAUUCCAGUUUAAGAGAUUACAGUUUCCGCUGAAAAUCGCAUUCGCUAUGACGAUAAAUAAAGCUCAGGGGCAAACAUUAAAAGUAGCCGGCAUUAAUUUAGAAAAGAGUUGUUUUUCUCACGGACAAUUAUACGUGGCUUGCUCACGUGUUUCAAGUCCACAGAAUCUCCAUGUGUUGGCCAGAGAGGGAAAAACAAAGAACAUAGUUUACAAAAAUGUACUACAGUAAGGCCUCUUAUUUUUAGCUUCCUACAUUAUUAUACUACUUACAUUAAGUUAGUACUUCCUACGCAGAUGAUGUUACGGAUGUCACACUGUCUAACAUCGGGGGUUGGCAGGGGGACUUAUAGCCGGGAGAAAACAAAAAAACUUAUGCGGA